AUGUUAGGGCUUUUCAGAGCAAUCGGCAAUUUCUCGUUCGUCGAUUCCGUGUCUCGACUUGGAUUAUACAGGAAAGGUCGAUUAGAAGAGGGCAAUAGCGGCGGAAUCGGAUUCAUUGCUUACAGAAAGGCAAGACCUAAGAAGAGGAAGAAGGAGAUACUCUCGCAGCAGCACUUGUUCACGAGUCGCUAUCUGCUCAGAAGGAGAGCAAUGUCUGCAGCGAAAGCCGUCUCAACCUUGGACAAUGUAGUGGUGAAGUCACCGAACGAUCGGAGGUUAUACAGAGUGAUUGAAUUGGAGAACGGAUUGUGUGCUCUGCUUAUUCACGAUCCAGAUAUUUAUCCCGAGGGCUCUGUUCCGGAUGGCCAGAACACCGACACUGAUCAAAUUGAUGAAGAUGAAGAUGAUGAUGAUGGAGAAGAGGAAGAUAGUGAUGGGAGCUAUGAAGAUGAUGAGGAUGACGAGAAGGAAGGGGAAGGAGAUGAAGAAGAUGACGAGGAGGAAGGGGAAGGAGAUGAAGAAGAUGACGAGGAUGAGGAUGAGGAUGAAGUAAAAGAGAAAGGGGAUCACCAGACCAAAAAGGCAGCUGCAGCAAUGUGUGUUGCAAUGGGCAGCUUCUUGGAUCCUCCAGAAGCGCAAGGCCUGGCUCACUUUCUUGAGCACAUGCUUUUUAUGGGUAGCACCGAGUUCCCCGAUGAAAAUGAAUAUGAUAGUUACGUGUCUAAGCAUGGAGGAUCCUCUAACGCAUACACAGAAAUGGAGUAUACGUGUUAUCACUUUGAUAUCAAGAGAGAAUUCCUUCAAGGUGCCUUGAAAAGGUUCUCUCAGUUCUUUAUUGCACCGCUUAUGAAGACUGAAGCUAUGGAAAGAGAACUCCUUGCCGUUGAUUCAGAAUUUAACCAGGUCCUCCAAAAUGAUGCAUGCCGUCGGCAACAGUUUCAGUGCUAUACGUCUGCAAAGGGUCAUCCUUUAAAUAGGUUUGCAUGGGGUAACAAGAAGAGCUUGGGUGGUGCAAUUGAAAAUGGUGUUGAUCUACGGGAAUCCAUUGUGAAACUAUACAAGGAAUAUUACCACGGUGGAUUGAUGAAGCUCGUUGUCAUUGGAGGAGAAUCUCUCGAUACGCUUGAAAGUUGGGUUGUAGAAUUAUUUGGUGAUGUCAAAAAAGGAUCCAAAAUCAGGCCAACUCUUGAGGCAGAAGGUCCUAUUUGGAAAGGCGGAAAAUUGUUUCGCUUAGAAGCGGUUAAAGAUGUUCAUAUUCUUGAUUUGGCAUGGACUCUCCCUCCUCUUCGCCAUGCCUAUGUGAAGAAGCCGGAAGAUUAUCUAGCACAUCUAUUAGGACAUGAGGGUAAGGGAAGUCUGCUUUCAUUCAUCAAAGGUAAGGGUUGGGCAACCUCGCUGUCUGCUGGUGUUGGGGAGGAUGGAAUUAACCGCUCGUCUCUAGCCUAUGUUUUUAGCAUGUCCAUAUAUCUCACGGACUCUGGUUUAGAGAAGAUUUAUGACAUCAUUGGUUACAUCUAUCAAUAUCUCAAGUUGUUGCGUGAUGUGUCACCACAAGAAUGGAUAUUCAAGGAACUCCAAGAUAUUGGGAACAUGGACUUUAGAUAUGCUGAGGAGCAGCCUGCAGAUGAUUAUGCUGCUGAGCUCUCAGAAAAUAUGCUUGCGUAUCCGGUGGAGCACGUUAUCUAUGGUGAUUAUGUAUACAAGACAUGGGAUCCAAAAAUGAUAGAAGAUCUUAUGGGUUUCUUCACACCAGAAAACAUGAGGAUUGAUGUUGUUUCGAAAUCCAUCAAGUCAGAAGAGUUCCAACAUGAGCCUUGGUUCGACUCUCGUUUCACAGAGGAAGAUGUUCCAUUGUCUUUGAUGGAAACAUGGAGCAAUCCUUCAGAAGUAGAUAAAUCUUUGCAUCUCCCUUCGGAAAACCAUUUUAUCCCUUGUGAUUUUUCCAUCCGAGCCAUUAAGUCUGAUGUGGAUCCCAAAAGUCAGUCUCCUCCUAGAUGUAUAAUUGACGAACCAUUCAUGAAAUUCUGGUACAAGCUCGACGAAACAUUUAAGGUUCCUCGUGCAAAUACAUACUUCCGCAUCAAUCUGAAGGGGGCAUAUGCCAGUGUGAAGAACUGCCUUUUGACUGAACUAUUUAUAAACCUUCUGAAAGACGAGCUAAAUGAACUCAUUUACCAGGCCAGUAUGGCAAAGCUUGAAACGUCUUUAUCUAUGAAUGGUGAUAAACUAGAGCUUAAAGUGUAUGGCUUUAACGAGAAAAUUCCAGCUCUUUUAUCAAAAAUCUUAACCAUAGCCAAAUCCUUCAUGCCAAGCCUGGACCGGUUUAAGGUUAUCAAAGAAAACAUGGAGAGAGGAUUUAGAAAUACUAAUAUGAAGCCUUUGAACCAUUCCACAUACUUGAGACUGCAACUCUUGUGUAAACGAAUCUAUGACAGCGACGAGAAGUUGUCUGUACUAAAUGAUUUGUCUCUCACUGAUCUCAACAACUUUAUUCCUGAAGUCCGUUCUCAGAUAUUUAUUGAGGCUCUCUGUCAUGGUAAUUUGUCGGAAGACGAAACAGUAAACAUAGCAAACAUCUUCAAAAACAGUUUGACAGUUGAACCGCUCCCAAUCAACUGUAGACAUGGAGAGCAGAUAACGUGUUUCCCUCCGAGUGCCAAACUUGUAAGAGAUGUCAAUGUGAAGAACAAAUCUGAAACAAACUCAGUAGUCGAGCUGUACUAUCAAAUCGAGCCGGAAGAAGCUGAGUCAACAAGAAUGAAAGCUAUGCUGGAUCUCUUUCAUGAAAUCAUAGAAGAGCCGUUGUUCAAUCAGUUGAGGACGAAGGAGCAGCUUGGUUAUGUUGUCGAGUGUGCCCCUCGCCUAACGUCUCGUGUCCAUGGUUUCUGUUUCUGUGUUCAAUCCUCUAAGUACGGUCCAGUUCAUUUGCUCGGGAGAGUCGAAAAUUUCAUAAAAGACAUUGAAGGGCUGCUGGAACAACUCGAUGAAGAAUCCUUUGAAGAUUAUCGAAGCGGUAUGAUUGCUAGAUUGCUGGAGAAGGAUCCCUCUCUCUUGUCUGAGACAAAUGAGCUAUGGAGUCAGAUUGUUGACAAAAGGUACAUGUUUGAUUUCUCACACAAAGAAGCAGAAGAGCUGAGAAGCAUAGAGAAGAAAGAUGUGAUCAAUUGGUUCAAAACCUAUUUUAGAGAAUCAUCGCCGAAAUGCCGUAGGCUUGCGGUUAGGGUCUGGGGAUGCAAUGCCAAUAUGAAAGAAACACAGACGGAUCCCAAGUCGGUGCAGGUCAUCGCUGACGCUGUGGCUUUCAAGUCAACUUCUCAGUUUUACCCAAGCCUCUGCUAUCGAGCUGCCCCAGCUUCGAUUCUCUCGCAUUUACGUAUACGUUCUGCACGGAUGAGAUCAUCGUAG